UCUGUUUUACAAAAAAAGUCCUUUUAAAGGUCUAAAAAGGAAUCCCAAACACAGGCUCAACUUGUUUCAUUGCAAAACCUUGGGGAGAGUUCUGCAAUACAGACAAAGACGAAGAAAGAGGGCAAAGUCAAAGUGUAGUAAUAACUAAUAACUAGUUGCACACUCCAAAAAACGCCACCUCCUCCACCGUCAGCCUGCGCAGGAAUUGUAACCCUUAUCCGUCGACUUUCACCCACCGUCGUUCCAAUUUCCAAGCAGUAAUGGGCGGUGAUACAAUUUCUCUUCCGGAUUCCUCCAUUGACGAUGAAGACCUAUCCUCCAUCAAUCAGCAAUUCCUUGAUCGUUUGAGCGUAAUACCCACUUCAAGGCCAGGUGGUUUGAAAGCCAAAACAACGGACGAGAACGAAUCCGUGUUUACAGAAUCUGAUGUUACGAGCUUCCGAGAUUCUUAUAACACUUUGAAGAGCAAAGAAAACGAAACAAGAACGCACAGCGUCUACGCACAAGUUCUUAAGAAUUACAAUGAAUUGAAGCACCGGGCUUUGAAUAUCGAGGUGGCUAAAAGUAAAAUUUUGAGCUAUACCCCUGGAUCAUGGGUAGAAAACGUAGGAGGGAUGACCAUGAGUGACUACAACUUGCCAAAAACAACAACACUUCUAUUAAUCGGCCCAAAAGGAUCUGGGAAAAGUAGUCUCAUCAACAGAAUCUCAAGGGUUUUUGAAGAUGACAAAUUUGCACCAGAAAGAGCCCAAGUCACAUACAAUUCUUCCAUUGGAAAUGGAACUUCCUUCCUCCACGAAUACAUGAUACCAAGAAAUUCAACUUCUUUCUGCCUGUAUGACACUCGAAGCUUUUCCAAUGAUUUAUCUGAAAAUUUGGAGAUGAUCAAACACUGGAUGACAAAAGGUGUUUCUCACAAUGAACUGGUGAAAAGCCCAACUUCAAACGCCAAAAUGAAGGAUAAAUUCGUCUCUUAUGAAAGAAGGAAAGUCAACUUUGUUAUAUUUGUGGUCAACGGGCUUUCAAUUCUGAAAUGUUUGGACAGCAAUGGAGCAGACACACAGUAUACAGAAAUGGUUUCUAAAGUUUUCAGUUCACCAUUUUUGUCUUUCAAAGAUCAUAAACCUGCUAUUGCAAUUACACAUGGAGAUCUACUUACAUUAUCUGAACGUGCACGUGUUUGUGUUUAUCUUGGAGAGCUUCUUGGUGUUCAUCCAAUUAAACAAACAUUUGACAUUUCAGAUAACAAUGAAGUCACAACUGAGUUGACUAUUGUUGACUUGCUGCGUUAUGCUCUUGAGCAUGCAGAUAGAAACCUUCCCUUCAAAUCCCAACCUCGAAUCAAUAAGGGUUGUAGGAUUCAGAUAUGGGCAUGUUCAGUACUGAUAUUAGCUCUGGGAGUGUUCUAUUUCACAGUUCAUCUUCAUGGGUUUCAUUCUGAAAAAGUUCAAGAAGAAAGUGUUCAUAAACCGGAUCUUGAAAUGAAGAAAGUUAACACAGAAAGUGUUCUUAAACCAAAUCUGGAAAUAAAGGAAGUUUGUAGGGGUAGGAAAUCUAAAUCUGAAUCAAGAAAAGAGAGAAAGAAGGGAAGGAUUUGUCAUUUGUCAACCAAAAACCAGACUUGGAUAAUCAAUAAUCUAGAUAAAGCACACACAUAUCUCAUCUCCCCUCUUCUUCCUUGGUACCCCGGUAGCCCUCGUCCCCCUUUGAUAAGAUUCUUGAACCAGAUCGUUCUGGCUGUUUUUUGGGUCUGUUCAAUGGGAGCUUUGGAUGAUUGUCAUUACGAUUUGGGGCUAGAGAAUGGGAUAAACCUUGGUGGGUGUGUUGAGCUUGAUUUUGAGCAAGACCCACAGACUGUAGCCAUUGAAGAUGCUGUCAAAGUUUUGCUAGAGGGCUUGGGUGAAGACAUCAAUAGAGAAGGGAUUAGGAAAACCCCUCUUCGUGUUGCCAAAGCUCUUCGCGAAGGGACCAGAGGCUACAAUCAGAAGGUGAAAGACGUAAUCCAAGGUGCAUUAUUUCCUGAAGUAGGAGUCGAAAAUGGAGUUGGUCAAGCUGGAGGAGCUGGUGGGCUUGUUCUUGUUAGAGAUCUUGAUCUCUUUUCAUAUUGUGAAUCUUGUUUACUCCCAUUCCAGGUCAAAUGCCACGUAGGCUAUAUUCCAUCUGGUCAACGUGUUGUGGGCCUUAGCAAACUCUCAAGGGUCGCCGACAUCUUUGCAAAAAGACUCCAAGAUCCACAACGUUUAGCAGAUGAAAUCUGUUUAGCUCUACAACAUUGGAUCAAACCAACUGGUGCUGCUGUCAUUCUUCACUGCUCACAUAUUCACUUUCCCAGUUUUGCCCCUGGGUGUCUCGACUCUGAUCACUCAAAAUGGGUCAAGGUUGUAGUCGGGUCUGGUUCAGGUUCUUUUGAAAAAGACGAUUCUGCCAUGUGGGUUGACUUUUUGGGUCUUCUAAGACAUAAAGACAUCAAUAUUGAAACCAUUCAUUCAAGAACCAAAGCUUCUUGUUGGUGUCCUUCAAGAUCUUUCAAAAUUGGACCUUCAAAAUCUGGAAUGGUUGCUGCUGUGGGGUCCAUCAUACAAUCCCUAGGUCAAGACCCAUGUAGAAAAGAACUCAUGGGUACUCCUAAUCGUUUUGUCAAGUGGCUCAUGAGCUUUAAAGAUUCAAAUUUGGAGAUGGAACUCAGUGAGUUUAAUGGUAUCCCUUUGAGAACAAUCGGGCGUGUGAAUUAUAAAGAACAUAUCAAGUCUGAAUUGAAUUUAUCAUUAUGGUCACUCUGUGAACACCAUUUACUACCUUUUUACGGUUUAGUUCAUAUAGGUUACAUGUCUGAUGAAGAAGUGAAUCCAAAAGGGAAAUCUCUUCUACAAUCAAUAGUUCAUUUUUAUGGUUUCAAACUUCAAGUACAGGAAAGGCUUACAAGACAGAUUGCAGAGACUGUUGCUCCAUUAUUGGGUGGAGAUUUAAUGGUGGUUGUGGAAGCAAAUCACACUUGUAUGAUUUCUAGAGGGAUUGAAAAAUUUGGUAGCAAUACAGCCACCAUUGCUGUUCUUGGUAGGUUCUCAAAUGAUCCAGCAGCAAGAAGUAAGUUUUUGCAGAGCAUUCCUAGCUAUUCUUUGUAACUGAUAAAGUAAUUUUACUCUAGAUUGCUGCAAUUUUUGUUGUUAAACAUCACACUUCUAUAUAAACUUCUAUUAGUAUAUUGUAUUUCUGCAUUCAUAGGGGUGUCUAAUAAGGU